AUGUUGUGUCACCCUUUCCGCGUGGCAAUAGCCGCCAACCUUGGAUCGGGAUACGUUUCUUUGCGGGAAGCCAUGUUGGCAUCGACGAGAGGAGAGCAAGGAGGCAGAUCCCGGCGUCUGAUGCUUCCGCGGGUACAGGAUGCGGCCAAUCCCGGAGAAAGAUGGCCCGAUGGAGAUUCAGAGGAUGCUCCCCAGCAUCACUGCCUCGAACAAGUCCAGCUGUUCUGGAACGGGCGUUAUGGAACGUCGACAAUGCGGAGGAGUCUGGGGUUGAUGCCGCCGAGCGUCUCUUUAAGCUUCAUGUGGCACCGCGCUAGCGACGCGGAUCGUGCUUGGCUCGACGACACCGCGGCACUCGCAGGACGGCUCGCCAGAAUACCGCAGUGA